GAACUCACAGUAUCUCUGAGUGAUCAACACAAAUGCACUAUUAACAUCGUUGCUAAUAGCUCUCACCUUAGUCUACCACGGUAUCGACAUGAUAAGACAAAUAUCGGACACAUCAUGCUUCUGCCCUGUCUUGAACACUUUGUGCGCGAUUGGGCAACUGAAGAGGAUGAAGAGAUCGAGCACGAGAGUGCUCGUAGGGAGGGGAAAGACUUGUGA